AUGCCCGGGUUGUGUUCGUUAAGUUCCAAACGGAAGAAAAAAGGUCCUAAACGGAAUGAAACGGCAAGGACGAAAGAGUACCUACCAGGAGACGAACUGAAGCAAACAGCCAAUGAGCUGGUCGCAAAGGUCAAUGACCCCAAGUUACAGAACACUGAGGUCUCAGUGGAGUCAGCGGAAUCAUGGGUAGAUGAGUUCGCCACAGCAGGUCCAGAUUUCCAGCAAGCUAAAGCUGCUGUGGAGAGCGACGUGGACUUCUGGGAGAAGCUGCAGCAGGAGUGGGAGGAGAUGGCCAAGAGAGAUGCAGAAAGUCACCCCUGGCUCUCCGAUUUUGACCAGAUGCUCAGCAGCUCCUACGACAAGGGGUACCAGUUUGAGGAGGACAACCCAUACCUAUCCCACCAGGACCCCCUUGCUGAGGGGGUGAGGAGGAUGGAGGCAGGGGACAUCCCUGGGGCCGUGCGUCUGUUUGAGAGCGCCGUACAGAGAGAACCAGACAACCAGCUGGCAUGGCAAUAUCUGGGAACCUGUCAGGCAGAGAAUGAACAAGAGUUUGCAGCCAUCAGUGCCCUCYGCAGAACGGCCCUCUCUGUCACACCACAGGACUAUUUGCUGUGGAAUAAACUGGGCGCCACGCUUGCCAAUGGAAGCCGCUCAGAGGAGGCUGUUGCCGCCUAUAGGAGGGCGCUUGAACUGCAGCCAGGCUUCAUCCGCAGUCGGUACAACCUGGGAAUCAGCUGCGUCAACCUAGGAGCCCACAGAGAGGCCGUGGAGCACUUCCUGGAAGCCCUGUCCCUGCAGCGACAGGCGUCGGGGGAGGGCGAGAAGGUCAGUGCCAGCCGGGGCCCGGGGAGCACCGCAGCCACCAUGAUGUCCGACAACAUCUGGUCCACCCUGCGCAUGGCCUUAAGCAUGAUGGGAGAGAGCUCGCUAUACGCGGCGGCCGACCGGCGAGACCUCGACACGCUGCUCUCCUACUUCUGUCAGGCGGGGGGGGAAUGAAGGUGUGGGAGGGCCGAGGGAGGGAGAGGGGCAGGAGGAGAGUUGAUAGUGUGUGAGUGCGCACUUAGGGGAGAAAGGUGUCUGGGAGAGGUAGAGAGAGAAAAGGAGGAGAGAGAGAGAGAGGUCCUGUCCACAAACAACCCCCUAACCCUAUAGGCACUUCAUAUAAACCAGAAAUGAUUGGAUAAGUAUAAACAACAUGGAAGUAGCUCCUUUCGUAGCAUUUCUGCCAUCUUAUAACUACCAGGGUUUGGGUCAGUUUACUUCCUGAAUUGAAAUGGAACUGACUCCAACCCUGAUACCUAUCCAAUCCUUUCAGGAAGAGAGGGAUGAAGAACUGUGACAAGGGGAGAGUAGGCCGAAAGGGAGGAGAGGUGAGAAGGACAUUUGAUGUGUCUUUCAGCAACCAAGGGAAAUGCACAGUGUACACCAGGUGUAUUGAAUACAUACUAUUUCCUCCCCUGAUCACUCUGACAUCGCCUGGUUGCCAGUUGGYUCCUACUUUUUUCAUUAUCAUGUUUGACACAAAGCAGAAACAGACUGGCACCCAGACUAGUUCACAGAUGUCUGGUUCACUCCCCUCGGUCCUCAGCAACGGGCGCAGGGAUGUUCUUGUUGUGUCCCUCAUAAUCAGAGGCAUCGUCAUGCCUAUUGAAACUGAGGAGCCACUUGACUCCCUUAGUUUCAUUCAGCCCUAUGAUCCAUGGAUGUAUACAUUGGAUACUAGUGAAAAGUUUGCACCUUAGGUUUUCCAGAGGGAAUAAAACAGACAUGGUAGARCAAAAUAUCAAGUUGAGAUGAAUGUUCCUGUAAUGUAAAGAAAAGAUAGGAUCUUGUUUGUUUGGAGGAUCUUUGUUUUUCUUUUUUUAUUCCCCCUUGAAAAUAGGAAGUUCAAACGUUGUAAAGCUGGCUUACUGAUUCCCGAAUCAAUUGCUGAAAGUAGAAAAGAGAUCAUUACAGUAAUAUAGAUAUCUGGCUUUGGAGCAGGGGUGCUGAACUCCGGUCCUUGAGGGCCACAGUGUCUUUAGUUUUUCCCCCCGUUAUUUUAUAGAGAUCAGAGAAUGAAUUAUACUCGUACUCAGUCCAAUCAAUGACAUAUCAAUCAAUGAAGUACUUGAGAGAAAUGAAAGACUGCUGACAUGAGUUGUACACACCAGAGUYGUAUUCACUAGUAGGAACCCARUGGAAGCGAACGGGGAGGGACAUACCUGAAUUUGUCCGACAAGAAGCGCUAGUUUUCAUUUUCUGUUGCUACAGUGUGCAAUAAUGAAUGACUCAGCUUUGGACAGAGGAUGACAUCAGUGUAAAGGUGAUGGUAUACUGAAAGAGGUGUCUUUGGACKUCUUCCUUCCCUCAACCCUUAUUUCUUCAAACAAAUGCCCUUGUUGUAAAAUAAUUAGCUUAAUUGUAAAAUAAUGCUUUUUUGCCAUAUUGUCUGUACUAUAAUUAUUGUACUGUUUUCCAAAUAGUUAACCAUACUGUAAUGAUUAUUAAUGUGAUAUUCAGCAAUAAAGCUCUGACUCAUUGA